AAUAGGUAGACACAGGUGGUCAAUAGCUGAUAAAUAGCAAAGAGAAAGAAUAAAGAAGAGAAGAACAGAAAAAUGUUUUACCGCAAGUUCACAGCCCCAUAUUUCGUGCGUCCGGCAUCGCGAUGCGAUACACCACUGUCUAGAUUGACGAAACGGAGAAAAUCCGACCAAGGUGUGGUCCAGAGGUGAGAAUGGUAGCUCAGCUGACUCGAUGCUUUUUUUUCCUUCUUUUCCCCUUCCUUCCAUCUCUGGGCUGCUUGGUUCGCUCGUGGGGCAAAGGGGGUCCGCCGCCAUUCAUCGUUCGCUGGGCAGAAAAGCUCCAUAGCGUAAGUACUCGCACACAUACCGGUGGGGGGCUGCGUUUGCCCUCCCGGCUUUUCCCCUGGCUUGGAAAGCACACGUCAAGCUCGAUGCAUCCCCGGUCCGGUGUUAAUGGCACGACGGGGUCGACACAUGGUUCGGACGCUCCAUACCAGCACACUGGUGCUGUGAAACGAGCAACCUAUUCGUAAGAGAAUCCCUGGCAACUUGAUAUGUACACUUCUCUUAGUGAGAGCCGCGGGCAGUAUCAAACUGCCGAAACCAGGGGGUGUGAUAUCUGACAGGCAAGCUAGAGUGAAAGAAAAUUA